AUGGGCAAUCCAGUUUCUAGUCCGAUAGCUGAUUUUGUCAUGGAAUCGCUCUUGGACAAUGUGACACGGACACUCGAUUUCCAGAUACCAGUUCUAAGAAAAUAUGUCGACGACCUACUGCUAGCUUUGCCCCGCGAACAUGUUGAAAAGGUAAGAGAAAAGUUUAACCAGUACCACCCCAAAAUUCAAUUUACGGUUGAGAUCGAGUCGAAUUGUCGUCUCCCGUACUUAGAUUUAGUAUUGAUUAGACAACCCGACCAAUCAAUCAAAACCGAGUGGUACCAGAAAUCAAUAGCUUCGGGACGAUUUCUCAACUUUCGAUCAGCACACAACACGCGCCUCAAAAUCAACACAGCGUUAAAUUUUAUAAAACGAGUCAAAAACUUUUCAACCAAUGUUCCCCCCGAGGAGGCGAUCAAAUUAAUUCAUGAGAAUCUGAGAAUCAACGAUUACCCGAAGACCCUGAUCAACAGAUUGAUUCGAAAAGCGAACGAAACCGACACCCCCCAAAACACACAAGAUACACCCACACAACACUACCGAUCCAUAUUACACAUCGACGGCCUAACUGCAAAAGUAAUCCGCGCACUUAAGACGGAUUACCCGCAGGUACGCAUCGGCACCACACAAAAGCACACGAUACGCAGCCUACUGCCUGUGGUCAAAGAUCCGAUAUCGCCGAUCGAUCGCUCCAAUGUGGUCUACCAUAUCCCAUGCGCAGGCGCUCCCGAACGAGAUGAAGAAUGCUCCAAAUGCUAUGUUGGGCAGACCAGCUAUAAACUACAGACUAGAAUGUCGAAACAUAAAUGUGAUGUCACCAAAUUGAAACGCAUAUUAGCAACAGGGGCCACAGCGUCAAACCCCAGCAUCCGGGAACUGCGGCAGUCAGCUGUUGUUGAACAUUGUUUCGAACAGGAGCACAUGUUUGACUUCGAUAAAGCCACCGUCCUAGACAGUUCCAACAAACACCGUAGGCACCUAGAGGUACUCGAAAUGUGCUACAUACAAAGUACCCACCUGUGUUAA